CACUACUGGCACAGUGCCUCAUCUCUCGCGAGGAACGACGUCGUUAUCGGAACCACUACAAACAACACGAGAACUCAUCAUUCACACGAUCUGAGCUAUGUCAGAGGAGGAGCUGGAGGAAAUUGUGCAAAUAACAGUGGAGGACUUAAGCCCGGAAGGACGUGCAGCAAACAUGCUGGACAAUCAUGGACAAAAUGAAGAGAAUCGUCAGAAGAAAAAGAGAAAAUUCAGCGCCAGUCAGGAGAACUAUGGCAGCAACCAGGACGUGUCUUAUAUUAAGAAUCUGAUGGUCUCAUUCACUGCAUCGGUCAAUCAGCGAUUGGAAGGCAUCGAAUCCAAGCUGCAGGCUCUGGACACCACUUGCAAGGCUCUUACACAAAAGCUGGAUAGCAUAGUGCAUUAUGCUAAGAAUCCUAUCCAGGUUCCUAUGGUUGCAGGGUCACCUCAGGGGGCCACUCAGACUUGGAACAAAGUGCGGUGUGUCGUUCCCCAGACAAACGUAAUUGUGGGCAGUGAACCCAUGAAGCAGGAAGACCCCACGCUGGAAAACCUGCUUAGCAACACAGUGGCUAAGAGGCGCCAAAACACAAUCCUGGUGAAGGUGCCAGCCCCUGAGGAGAGCCAGGAGGAACAGGAGAGCGGCUCAGAGGCCAGUGACUCUGUGUCUAAUGGAGGCAAUCCCAACAACUCACAAAAUGGACAGAAUGUCACACUCAUCACACUUAACUCUGAGGAUGAUUACCCUGGGGGAACAUGGUUGGGUGAUGAGACUAACCCAGAGAUGCGAGUUCGCUGCCCAGUCUCGCCAGCUGACAUGCUCCAUAUUUCCUCAAACUGCCGCACAGCAGAAAAAAUGGCUCUAACACUGCUGGACUACCUUUUCCAUCGGGAGGUCCAGGCCAUGUCAAAUCUAUCCGGACAGGGCAAACAUGGCAAGAAGCAACUGGAUCCACUCAUGAUUUAUGGGAUUCGCUGUCACUUGUUCCACAAAUUUGACAUCUCAGAGUCAGACUGGUAUCGCAUCAAGCAAAGCAUUGACUCAAAGUGUCGCACUGCCUGGAGACGCAAGCAGCGUGGUCAGAGUCUGGCUGUCAAGAGCUUCUCCAAACGCACGCCUCGUGUUUCAGGCUCAGAUGGAGGCCUUGCAGAAGAAGCCACCCACAUAGAAACAGCCACCCAGCAGACACUGCACUACGCAUUGGCCAAUCAGCAGGUCCAGUUCCACCACAUUGGUGAGGAUGGACAAGUUCAAGUGGGGAACCUCCAGAUCCACCAGGUGCAUGUUGGUCAAGAUGGACAGGUACUUCGGGGAGCUCAGCUCAUAGCAGUGGCAUCAGCUGAAGGGGGUGCAACAGCGGUUGAAGGCACCUCUCUCCCUGCCGACAUCCAAGUGCAAUAUGUCCAACUUGCCCCUGUCACCGAUCACACAGCUGCAAUACAGGCGGCUGAGCUGGCUCCUGCCCUACAAUCAGACAUGGAAGUGAAAGGGACCAUCCAGGGAGAGAAUGGCGAGGUGGUCCAAAUCGUCACGUCUGUGGCUACCUGAGAGAGACGUCCUGAUUCAGGGCUACCCAAAAUUUUACCCAAAACAUGUCGCCACAGCGUGUCUGCGGUCCGAACAUGCAAAGACAUUGAAGUCGGAAACCCUUAACAAAUCCUAAAGGUCAACCAUGAAACAAGCACCGAUUGCUGUUCCUUUGUAAACGUUUUUUUUUUUUAGUUUCAAGCAGAGUGCCAAGCAGAUGUUCACAGAGAAUUAGACCAAGAUUCUUCAAAAUCAGCUGUUCUCUUUUUGGUGUUUUCAUCCAAAGAAGGAUCCAUCCCACCCCUGAAUGCACAGUGGGAUUAUUGUCUAUCCAGGGCGGAUGCUGGUAAUGCAGAGCACUGACACACACGUACCGGUACUUGUUUACAAGUAUGAAACAUACUAAUGUUAUUUAGACGCAAGUAGCUUGGUCCCAAUGAGGGGUUUUAAGCCCCUCAAUCCCACCUCACUCAAGUAAUGCUGUGCUCAUUUUUUCAUCCAAAUUUUGGUCACUAGGGUGGAACCUGGAAUUAGCUGAGGACAGCUACUCUUGUGUUGAGUUUGUUCAUAAUUUAAUCCAUAUUUCCAUCUCCGGACUGUGGGCCUCUCCCUUUUUUCAUUUUGUUUUUGUUUAUUAUUUGAUUUAUCUAUUUGUUGCUUGUGGAGAUGCGGGGGGAGCUUUCAUUUUGAGAGACAGAGACCAGAUAGAGGUGGUGCCGUUCUUGUCCAAGUUGGUUUUAGAAUACCAAAAAAAAAAACGUGAAGAUGUUAAUAUCCCCGACUUUGUUUUUGGAAAUAUCCAUUCAUGUGAAUAAACCAUGUGUAUGUGGUUGCCAUAAAAGUGUUUUGUCUUUGGUUUGUUUUCCCUUUUCAUUCAUUUCCAUAAACUGAGGUUAGCAAAAUGGUUUCCAACUGUUUGCAGACUUUUGCCUACAUUCAUUGAAAAUGCAAUUAAAAUUGAUGGCUAUAUAUAUAUAUAUAUACACAGUAACGCCAGGGCUUCUGUAUCAUUAAACAGCCUGACAGGUUUCAGAAUAUUUUGAUCCACCGUCAAGACACUGAGAAUGUGUUGUGGGUUGGACUGGUGAUUCUCUAAAGAUGAAUAUCUGUAACCGAAGAAGAGAUAUGAGACAUAUUGUGAUGCUGUGUAUGGUGUUGAGGAAGUUUCCCAUGCUCGGCGUGAUGUAAUGGUGUAUUUUGGAAUGAGAGAAAGAAACAGGCGAGAAGGCAAACUUGAUAAAACAACUAAGUCUUGACUGCUUCCUCUUGUUUCUCUCUCUGUCUGCUGUGGCUGCCUCUGACCUUUCUACACGGCCACUUCAUCUUGUCCAGUCUCCUCAUUCCAUCUCUCAUAUAACUGCUGCACUACUUAACUCACAGUCUUACACUUCUUUCUCUUGGAGUGUUACACCCCUUUUUAAGCCUUUCACUGAGCUGGUCAGGAGUUUGUGGGGGAUCAACUGGAAGGCCCAUCCCUCUGAAAACAAGCCUGACAUUGCACAGUUCAAAUAUCUCCUCCCAGUGAUCUUUCCAUUUUGCAUUUAGAACAGGCUCUUCUCUUCAUUUUUACAACCCUGGGUUCUAUCCAGGUGUCGGAGUGGUUCUCUUAGCAACAGACCGUCUCUAAGAUAACCUGCGGGAAGCAUUGAUGGAAGCAAACCAUGUUUAGGAAGGACGGUUACAUUGAAUUUUGCUGAACAAACACAAAAUCAUUGCAGAAAUUCAUAACAAAGCUUCUCGCCCAUAAAGUUUGGAAUGUUGAAAAGUCUGUUUGAUGAACAUGGAAUAUGCAUUUGUGGGAAGAGAAGCACAACUAAGUGCUUUGCGCCCAUGUUAAAUGUGCCAAAUGUUCACUUUCUAUGCCAAAGAGCUUUUUCUCCUGUUGCUGUUGGCUCGUUUGGUGUUCUUUAGUAGAUUGAUUCAAGUCUUAUCAGUGAUAAGGAGCACGCCCAAGCUGAUCCCACAAGUGUUUAGUUGGGUUGUGGUAUGUUGACUGGCCACUCCAUUAUUUCUUCUAGUUCAGUUGAACCAGUUUAAGUCGACACAGUUUAUGUCAACAGCCUGUCUAAGUCGACCAGCUCAGCAAGUCCUGCUCCACCAGGUGUUUUUCUUAUUCUUAAAAAGUGUCCUCAUAAGCCUACGUCGACAUACAUGGUCCAUGGGGGUCAUUUUCGUGAAAAAUCAACCCGUUUGUCGACGUUUUGUAGUAGUGUCAUUAUCGCUUGUGUGCUUGCAAAAGCGGAUUUGUGGUUAUGUCAAAAUCAAUAAAAACAAACGAAGAAGGGUGGGGCGGUGGGCAACGGGAAAAGAACUGCCAUUGGCCUUCAGAGCUUUGGCAUUGGACCUAAGAUCCUUUCUUCAUUUCUCAGUUCUUCCAUUCCCCUUUCUGCAGACUGACAAAAUGCAACCUUUUAAAUUUGACACAAAUGGAAGAAAACGAUACUCAGCUGUGUUGCUCACAACACAAAUGCAGAAAUUCCUUACAAAUUGGUCAGAAUUUAAAACGAAAACAGACUUUACAACGGUAUAAAAUAUAUUGCCAUGAGGCAUUAUUAUAGCAGAAAAAUCCAACACAAUUUUCCAAACGUUUUGUGACGUUCCUUAAUGUCUGAAACAAAGAAACCGUACCAAACCGUACCAUUUUACUGAGAUUUUGGACAAUUCUACUAUAUGCUUGUGGCUAACUUAUGGCUUGCUCUCAACACCAUCAAACCUGUUUGGUGCCGUGUCACUUGGAUAUUUUCGAAAACGCAUGCUGGCUUUAAAAUGAAUCUCCAUCCACAUGGGUGGUGUCUGUCCACAUCAAAACACAUUUACCGGUUGUGAUGCACAUUUUGACCAAUUAAUUCAGUUGCUCACUUUAAUUCCUCUGUUCAUCAGUGUAGUGAGAUAUUAGAUGUACAAUGACGUGUACGUUAUCUUUAAAAUCAGCGUACACACACACACACACACACACACAACCCAAGAAACAUGAGGAAUGUCUACCACAGCACGAAAUGAAACCAACACCCGUAAGUCACUUCACGUUCUGUUGUUAAAUAAGGUGUACAAACAUGAGCUAAUAGUCCAUAUUAGGACACAAACCAAACUCAGUUUUACCCACAUACACAACCAGGGAAGCCGGAAUUUUUGAAAAUCAAAAACCUACACAUAUAAAAAUAACAAAAAUAUUCGUAUUCAUGGGAUAAACUAAAGAACACAGAUUGUGAGUGUGGCCCUUUUGACCUAGCAAAUGUUCUUCUGGAUGAAUAAAAAAAUUCCCACAGGCUCACUCCAGAAUCUUGUACAAAGCUAUUGUGCUUGUCAAAAGUCAGAGAAACUCCAUGUUUUCUUCCAUUCCCAGUUACGAGUGUAACGGCCAGUGCUCUAAUAAUGUCCAUAGAGUGUUCUCAUUCUCAGCUGUGGUCUGAUUUAGUAUCUGAACAAUCAGCAUCUCUACUCACCUGCCAUCAGACUCUGUAAAGGAGGCAUUAUCUUGGGAUGCAUAAAAAUCACUGGACACAACAAUCAUAAACCGCUGACAAAGCCAGAAGAGACCUGAUUUAUGUGUGGAGAGAAAGGGCGAUUACACCAGAGCUGCAAUGUUUCAGUUGGACCUCGUCAUCCAAUCCUAUAAUUCAAAGUACUACGAGCGAGACGUGCACACUUUGCUUUCCGAGACAUCUUUGUUCCUGCAAAUGAUGAAGAUUGUGUUUGUGUUGCCGUCUUUAUUAAACAGUAGUAACUCUUGGACCAGUAUCUCAGGAUGUCAGAUUCUUGUUCUACAGGAUGUUUUUUUCGGACAUAAAUACAAUUCUACAGACGUUAAGGGUCUAAAAAAUGUCGACACCGUCAACAAAUCAUUUUUUCCUACUUUUAUUAUUGUCAUGCAUAUAGUGGUGUGAAAAAGUGUUUGCCCACUUCCUGAUUUCUUAUUUUUGGUUUCAGAUCAUCAAACAAAUGUAAAUAUUAAUUAAUGGCAACACAACUGAACACAAUGCAGUUUUUAAAUGAAACAUUUUAUUAUUAAGGGAGAAAAAAAUCCAAAGCUACAUGGCCCUGUGUGAAAAAGUGAUCGCCCCCUAAACCUAAUAACUGGUUGGGCCACCCCUAGCAGCAACAACUGCAAUCAAGCGUUUGUGAUAACUUGCCAUGAGUCUCUUACAGCGCUCCACUGUCUUCAUUUUGUUUCCCCUCAGCCAUUCAGAGGUGGACUUGCUGGUGUGUUUUGGAUCAUUGUCCUGCUGCAGAACCCAAGUUGCUUCAGGUUGAGGUCACCAACAGAUGGCUGGACAUUCUCCUUCAGGAUUUUAUGGUAGACACCAGAAUUCAUGGUGUCAUUUAUCACAGUAGUGGUUAGCAUGUUGGCCACACAGUCAUGAGAUCGGGAACACGUGGGCUUGAAUCUCCGCUUGGGCAUCUCUUUGUGGGAAUGGGUUUUCUCCAGGUAUUCCGGUUUUCUCCCACAUUCCAAAAACAUGCAUGUCCAUGGGUAUGAAUGUGAAUGUGAAUGGUUAUCUAUAUGUGCCCUGUGAUUGGCUGACGACCAGUCCUUGCCCAAAGUCAGCUGGGAUAGGCUCCAGCAUACCUCCGCAACCCUAAUGAUGAUAAGCGACAUAGAAAAUGGAUUAAUUUAUCACAAUAAGUCUUCCAGGUCCUGAAGCAGCAGAACAGCCCCAGACCAUCACACUACCACCACCAUAUUGUACUGUUGGCAUGAUGUUUCUGAAAUGCGGAAUUACUUUUAUGCCGGAUGUAAUGGGACACACCUUCCAAAAAGUUCAACUCUUAUUUCGUCAGACCACAGAGUAUUUUCCCAAAGGUCUUGGGGAUCAUCAAGAUCUUUUCUGGCAAAAUUGUGAGAGAGCCUUAAUGGUCUUUUUGUUCAGCAGUGGUUUUGGUCUUGGAACUCUGCCAUGCAGGCCGUUUUUGCCCACCUUUUCUGACCUUAACUGAGGCAAGUGAGGCCUGGAUGUUGUUGUGGGGUCUUUUGUGACCUCUUGGAUGAGUCGUCGAUGUUCUCUUGGGGUAAUUUUGGUUGGCCGGCCACUCCUGGGAAGGUUCACCACUGUUCCAUGUUUUUGCCAUUUGUGGAUAAUGGCUCUCACUGUGGUUCGCUGGAGGCCCAAAGCUUUAUCUUUUAGAAAUUGCUU